UUUCAUUUGCUUAGGAAGAGAAAGCUUUUCCGAUUAUUACUGACAACAAGGAAAGCGACAGCCAUGGGGAUAUUCCUGUCAAGAUCGUUUACAAGUGGCAUCUUGUUCUUGUUCUUCACUAUAUAAUUCCCUCAAACCCCUUCACAAAGGAGAGAAAAAGAGUAGAUCGAGGAGCCACAGAGAGAUCAAAACCAAACUCAAACAUCUUUUCCCUUCUCCACCGCUGGAACUCUGUUUCCAAGUAGAACCAAGCUUUUUGAGAACAAAAGGAGAAUUCUGGGACUCAUCACACCAUUAAGUCUCCCUUCAGAUUGAAACCAGCUCUCUCUCACACGCACAACAGACUCGAUUUUCCUGAUAGAGAGACAGAAGAAAAAGAGAUGGGUCUCAGUGGCCCUUUCUUCCACACCUCUUCCCAUGUCUCUGUCAUCAUGAUCACCAGCUUCUUCCGUCACAAGUUCUUUUAGUGGGAGAAAACAUGCCCAGCUGCUUCCAAUCCACCCCGGGUAGAAUCAUAACCUGCCUCUGAGAGAAGGGAGUAAAGAACCCCCAAAACAAGAAGAAAGAUCUCUUUAUUCGUUCUUGCGGUGAAAGCAAAGUGGGAGAAAUGGUGGGGAAGAGGCAUCAUGGGAGCUCAAACAUGGCGGUUUUGCUGCAGAGCCAGGGGAUGUACAAAGAGUUCUCUGGGCCUCUGUUUGCUCCGGGAACGCCUUCAAGCGGCUCUCUUGGCUCAUGGUCUCUUGCAGAUCUAAAAGAUGGUCAUGGGAACAGCCUCGAGAGACCCUUGUUUAGGCCAGUCGAGUUGGAUGAAAUCGGCGAUGAUGACUCAGGUGAGUAUCCUCAUCAGCCAGACAAGAAGAGGCGGCUAACUACAUGUCAAGUUCAAUUCCUUGAGAAGAGCUUUGAGUUGGAAAACAAGCUUGAGCCUGAGAGGAAGCUUCAGAUUGCAAAGGUUCUCGGACUAAAGCCCAGGCAGAUUGCUGUGUGGUUUCAGAAUCGCCGUGCAAGAUGGAAGACGAAGCAGAUAGAAAAGGAUUAUGAGUCCCUGAAAUCAAGUUAUGAUGCUCUCAAGAUGGAUCAUGAUAGCCUUGUGAAGGAAAAGGAAGACCUAAAGGCUGAGGUUCUUUCUCUCACAAAAAGACUUCUGAAGGAGGAGAAUGGCAGCUUGGAAUCAUUUGAGCCAAAAAGAUUACCUGAUAAUUUGCAGAAUUUAGACUCCACUUUGGCCUUUGAGGUGAAGAAAUUGCAUGGCCAGACCAUGCUAUGCAAGCAAGAAGACAUUAGCUCUGCCAAUAGCGCCAUAUUAGACUCAGAGAGCCCCCAUCACACUCAUGAAGGUGAUUGCUCCAUGCUCAUGGAGCUCAACAGUUACUCAAAUGCUUUCAGACUCGAUCAUUCUGACCACUCACAGAUUGGUGAUGUUGACGAUGUUAAACACUGCAACUUCUUGAGCCCCGAGGAUACUUCAUGUGGUUCCGAGUUCCAUGUGGCAGAGCAAGUCUUCUGGCUUUGGCCUUAGUAACAACUCCUGUAAAAAUAAUUAAUAAUUUAGUGGCACACACAUAUAGUAAAUAAAGCUAAAUCCUAGGUGUGUUGUUGUGUUGUAUUCAGUCCUUUGAUGUGAGCAUGUAUAAUCUCUCGUUUUCAUUUUGAUCCAAAACUUUCAUGCCAAGGAUGAUGUAGAUAUACACUGGUACUCUAUCAAUGUCUUGUAAAAGAUGGAGUUGUCCUAUUUGCCACAAAACCCUUGACGGUUUUCAUACUUUUUUCUUUCCUUUGUGGAGGAAACAUGUUGAUCUAUAUUAUAGAAACAGAUGUUAAAGAGAAA